AUGGCAGUGACACCACUGAGAUGCAUAACCUGCCACCUUCGUACACAGACAGAUCGCUGUAGAAGAGGCUUUGGCAUCUGUGUUGCUCAGAAUCAUGAGACAUGCAUGAUCUUAAAGAUCUUCCAGCGUGGCACCCUCCAGUUAUCGUAUUUGGUGUGUCAGAGAUUCUGCAGAGAUCUGACAUACAAGUUCCAGGAUCGAACUUACGUUCACAAAUGCUGCAACUACAAUUACUGUAACUUCAGAACGCUAAAAUACUUCUACUCCUGA